AUGGGGAAGUCCUUCGCCAAUUUCAUGUGCAAGAAGGACUUUCAUCCCGCCUCCAAAUCCAACAUCAAGAAAGUAUGGAUGGCAGAACAAAAAAUAUCAUAUGAUAAGAAGAAACAAGAAGAAUUAAUGCAACAAUAUCUUAAAGAACAAGAAUCAUAUGAUAAUAGAUUGCUUAUGGGAGAUGAACGUGUAAAGAAUGGCCUUAAUUUCAUGUAUGAGGCCCCACCAGGAGCUAAAAAAGAAAAUAAAGAGAAAGAAGAAACAGAAGGAGAGACUGAAUACAAAUUUGAAUGGCAGAAAGGAGCACCACGAGAAAAAUAUGCCAAAGAUGACAUGAACAUCCGAGAUCAGCCCUUUGGUAUUCAGGUUCGAAAUGUGAGGUGCAUUAAAUGUCACAAAUGGGGUCAUGUCAACACAGAUCGAGAAUGUCCUUUGUUUGGUCUUUCUGGAAUCAAUGCAAGUUCAGUUCCCACUGAUGGCUCAGGACCAUCGAUGCACCCCUCGGAGCUAAUAGCGGAGAUGAGAAACAGUGGAUUUGCACUGAAACGAAAUGUACUGGGGAGAAACUUGACCGCAAAUGAUCCAUCACAGGAAUAUGUUGCAAGUGAGGGUGAAGAAGAUCCAGAAGUUGAAUUUUUAAAGUCACUAACAACCAAACAAAAACAGAAACUUCUCAGGAAAUUGGAUCGACUUGAAAAGAAAAAAAAGAAUAAGAAAAAAGAUAGAAAAAAGAAAAAGCUUCAGAAGAGUAGAAAUAAACACAAAAAACAUAAACACAAAUCUUCCUCUUCCUCCUCCUCCUCUUCAUCAUCCUCCUCUUCCUCUUCCUCCUCUUCCUCUUCUUCCUCUUCCUCCUCCACUGAGACUUCAGAAAGUGGUAGUGAGAGUGACAACAAAGAAAAAAAAAUACAAAAGAAGAAAAGAAAGAAAAACAAAUGUUCAAGAAAUAAAAAUGACAUAGGAGAAAAGGACAAGUCUAAGAAGAGAACAUUUUAUAAAGAACUUUCUAGCAAUCAUUGUAAUAAGGAGAAAGCCAAGGAAGAGCCUAGAUUUUUAAAACAAGAGAGUUCUAGGGAAACUAGCAAAUGGAAUCAUUCUAAUUUUGACAGAAAGUCCAGAAGCCAUAACCACAGCCCAGAAAAGAGAGGCUCUGAAAGAAAUGAGAGGAGCAGGAGAAGCCGGAGCAGAGAUGAGAGGAGGAGAAGCCGGAGCAGAGAUGAGAGGAGCAGGAGAAGCCAGAGCAGAGAUGAGAGGAGCAGGAGAAGCCGGAGCAGAAGUCAUAGCAGUGACAAGCAAAGGAAAAUAAGAAAACGGUCUUAG